AAUGCUUAGUAAUGAUGAAGACACGCCCUCCAGUUCAGUGGCCAUUUUCUAGUAUAGUUCUGGAGAAACAAGUGGGAACCGUCAAAGAAAGACGUGUACGGAUCAAAGAACAUGGGCAAGAGGCAGUAAAUUUUUCAUCUAGGUCAAUUGGAGAAAUUAGAACUAUGCUGUCUAAUUCUCCACUUUACCAGUAUUUACAGGAUCUGGGACACACAGACUUUGAAAUAUGUUCUUCUCUGUCACCAAAAGCAGAAAAAUGCACAGUGGCAGAGGGACAACAAAAGUCCCCUACAAGAGCCCUGCCAAAACGAGGCAUCCUGAUAAAAGUGGCUGAAACCAUCAAAAGUUGGAUUUUUUCUCAUUGCAAUAAGAAAGAUGAUUUACUUCACAAAUUGGAUAUUGGAUUCCGACUCGACUCACUAUAUACCAUCCUGCAACAGGAAGUCCUGUUACAAGAGGAUGUGGAGCUGAUUGAGCUACUUGAUCCCAGUAUCCUGUCUGCAGGGCAACCUCAACAACAGGAAAAUGGACACCUUCCAACACUUCGCUCCCUGGCAACCCCUAAUAUUUGGGAUGUCUCAAUGCUAUUUGCCUUCAUUAGUUUGCUUAUUAUGCUUCCCACUUGGUGGAUUGUCUCUUCCUGGCUGGUAUGGGGAGUGAUUCUAUUUGUUUAUCUGAUCAUAAGAGCUCUGAGAUUAUGGAGGACAGCCAAACUACAAUUAACCCUAAAAAAAUACAAUGGCCGUUUGGAAAAUGCAGCAGCAAAUAGCCGAGCUUUUACUAAUCUUGUGAGAAAAGCUUUACGUCUCAUUCAAGAAACUGAAGUCAUUUCCAGAGGAUUUACACUGGUCAGUGCUGCUUGCCCAUUUAAUAAAGCUGGACAGCAUCCCAGUCAGCAUCUCAUCGGUCUUCGGAAAGCUGUCUACAGAACUGUAAGAGCCAACUUUCAAGCAGCAAGGCUGGCUACCCUAUAUAUGCUGAAAAACUACCCCCUGAACUCUGAGAGUGACAAUGUAACCAACUACAUCUGUGUGGUGCCUUUUAAGGAGCUGGGCCUUGGACUUAGUGAGGAGCAGAUUUCAGAAGAGGAAGCACAUAACCUUACAGAUGGUUUCAGCCUGCCUGCAUUGAAGGUUUUGUUCCAACUCUGGGUAGCACAGAGCUCAGAGUUCUUCAGACGGUUAGCCCUAUUACUUUCUACAGCCAAUGCCCCUCCUGGGCCCUUACUUACUCCAGCACUUUUGCCUCAUCAUAUUUUAUCUGAUGUGACUCAGGGUCUACCUCAUGCUCAUUCUGCCUGCUUGGAAGAGCUUAAGCGCAGCUAUGAGUUUUAUCGAUACUUUGAAACUCAGCACCAGUCAGUACCCCAGCGUUUAUGCAAAACUCAACAGAAGUCAAGAGAACUGAAUAAUGUUCAUACAGCAGUACGCAGUCUGCAGCUCCAUCUGAAAGCAUUGCUGAAUGAGGUAAUAAUUCUUGAAGAUGAACUUGAAAAGCUUGUUUGUACUAAAGAAACACAAGAACUAGUGUCAGAAGCUUAUCAAAUCCUGGAACAGAAAUUAAAGUUGAUUCAGCCCCAUGUUCAAGCAAGCAACAAUUGUUGGGAAGAGGCCAUUUCUCAAGUGGACAAACUGCUACGAAGAACUACAGAUAUAAAAGGCAAACCUGAAAUAGCAUGUGAAAGCCCACGCUGUACUGUGGUACCCGUGCUGCAGCCUACUCUACACAUUGCAGACAAAGAUCCAAUCCCUGAGGAGCAGGAAUUAGAAGCUUAUGUAGAUGAUUUAGAUAUGGACAGUGAUUUAAGAAAGGAUGAUUUUUAUUACUUGUCUCAAGAAGACAGAGAGAGACAGAAGCGUGAGCAUGAAGAAUCCAAGAGGGUACUCCAAGAAUUAAAAUCUGUGCUGGGAUUCAAAGCAUCAGAGGCAGAAAGGCAGAAGUGGAAGCAACUUCUAUUUAGUGAUCACGCUGUGUUGAAAUCCUUGUCUCCUGUAGACCCAAUGGAACCCAUAAGUAAUUCAGAACCAUCAAUGGAUUCAGAUAUGGGGAAAGUUGGUAAAAAUGAUAUUGAAGAAGAAAGUAGUAAACCCUCCAUAACUGAUGAUGAAAUAUGUAAUAGGACUGAGUAUUUGUGUGAAAACCCUCUAGAUGGUAAAAAUAAAGACAAUUUUACACAUGAAGGCUUCCUGCAAGGAGCUGAAAAAAGAGCAUGUCUGUGGGAAAGUGAAGAUGACUCUCAGCAGGCAGAUGUUGGUGACCUGAUCGCUGCCCAUCCAGUUCCCAGGGACUCACCACAGCCCUCCAUCAGGCAGAGGCUGGCGCGGCUGCAGCUGUCACCGGAUUUUACCUUCACUGCUGGUCUCGCUGCCGAAGUGGCUGCUCGGUCUCUCUCCUUUACCGCUAUGCAGGAACAGACUUUUGGUGACGAGGAGGAAGAUCAGUUAAUAGAAGAAAAUAAAAGUGAGGUAGAAGAAAAAGAAGAACCAAGAUUUACAUGAAGGAUUUUAAAUUAUUCCUUUUAUGAAAGUGUUUUUUAGCUUCAAGACUAGAUAUUCCACUGGAAAGGGAAAAUGAGUGUAAGUUUAUUAUAUAUAAAGCUAAGGUAUGAUUUUACAGGAAGAAUCUGGUUUAAACAACUGAUCUGAAAAUAGUAAUUACCUAUAUGGCAGAUCUUUUAGGACAAUAAGAGAAAGGUAAGGGCUCUUAUGAAUAAUUGCUGUUUUACUUGCAGCACAACUGAUCAGUUUUGGAAAUUCUUUAAGUACUUUUCAUAACAAGUGAAUUUAUCAUUUCUUGCCAGAAUUUGCUAUCACAAAAUGACUGGGAUAAUUCUGUUGCAAGAACAUAUGACUCUUUUUUACUGUUUUCUCACAGUUAAUAACUGCAGUUGUUAUGUUAAUAACAAGUUGUUUGUAUUUUACUUUGUUUAUACCACGUCUUAAAACAAAGAUACAGGUUCUAAAUAAAAUAAAAAAAAAGAUCUCAUGUAAUUGAUGUGUACUGGGGUUUGGAACUAAAAAAUAGUUUUAUUUUAAAGGUACUUGGGUUAUGACAUGUUUCUUAUGUUUUCCUUGUUAAUGUGUGUUCAGCAGUUAAUUUUAAGAUUUUCUGAUAUUUUUUAAAGCGUGCCAUUUUAAGAAUUA